AUGGACAAGUACAGAAAGGUCCCCAAGGAUAAAGAGCCAAUUGGCUCGAACGAGAUCCGUAUCACGUCGGCGGGGAAAGUGAUGAACUACGUCGCGUACGCAGCACGGCUGAUGACGGAGCAAAACAUGCGGAAGAUCACCAUCAAGGCGACAGGCAAUGCCAUCGCACGCGCCGUUACCUUGACAGAAGUAUUGAAACGCCGCUUUAAGGGCCUUCACCAAAUCACAAAGUGUGGCAGCACCACCAUCACGGACAUUUAUGAGCCAACUGAGGAGGGACUGGACAAGGUCAAGGAAGACCGCGUCGUCUCUUUCCUCGAAAUCACUCUUUCAUCGGAUCCUCUGGAUCAGCAAGAUCCCGGAUAUCAGGCCCCCAUUGAUGAGAGCCUUGUGAAGGAAAUGAAGCCCGAGGAAAUCACAAAGACGGGAGGCUUCCGCGAGCGCGGCGGCUACCGAGGAGGUUACCGGGGCGGUUAUGGCCGAGGAGGCUACGGCCGCGGCGGCUACAGAGGCGCCGGCGAUUAUCGGGGCGGAUACGGCAGGGGCGGCUUCCGCGGAGGUCGCGGCGGCUACCGCGGAGGCCGCGGAGGAGACUACGAGGGGGACUACAGGAAUGGGGACUACGGUGCUGAGUACGGCAACAACGGCGACUUCAACGACUACAGCGGCGGCUACAGGGGCAGAGGGCGAGGACGCGGCUUCAGGGGUGGGCCCGUGGGCAGCUACCGCGGUGGUCGCGGCCGGCCAGAGUGA